ACCAAUUGAAAGAUUUAAAAAGAAGUAUCGGCAAUAGGCUACGACGACGAAAGAGUUGCGCACAAUUGUAACUGGCAUAACUUCAAUUAACGCUUCUCUCUUUAGUCUCGUGCCAGACGUGUACGAUAGAAAUUCAAACUGCAAAUUUCGAUCUUUUUUAUCAAUUCGAAGUGUUCGUUAAAUUCAACAAGCAAAAAUGGAUUACAUAUCAACAAAUGUUUUAUUUUUACACGAUAUGAAAUCAUGGAAUCUCCGUAGUCUGUAUAAAGCUUUCAUUCGAAAAAAACGAAUAAAUGUAAGUACAGACACAAAAUUGGAAAGAUGUCUAUCAACGUUAGACUUAACAGCUUUGGGUAUUGGAUCAACUCUUGGUGUUGGGGUUUACGUUAUGGCAGGAUCAGUCUCGAAGGAUAUUGCAGGACCUGCUGUUGUAAUCUCUUUCUUAAUAGCUGCUGUAGCAUCGAUAUUUGCUGGUCUUUGCUAUGCCGAAUUUGGAGCAAGAGUACCACGUGCUGGUUCGGCUUAUGUUUAUAGUUACGUGACAAUGGGUGAAUUUGUUGCCUUUCUAAUUGGUUGGACACUGAUAUUAGAAUAUGUGAUAGGUUCUGCUAGCGUAGUACGUGGACUUAGCACUUAUGUCGAUGCACUAUUCAAUAAUAGUAUGAGAAAUGCAUUUGAAUCGGCAGCUCCUAUAGAAGUUGAACAUUUUUCUUCUUAUCCAGAUUUUUUCGCAUUCGGUAUCACCCUUAUGUUUUCUGCUGCCUUGGCAUUUGGCGCCAAAGAGUCCUCAACUGCAAAUAACUUUUUCACCUUAGUGAAUCUCUCCGUUGUUCUCUUCGUAAUCAUUGCUGGUUCUCUUAAAGCUGAUGUAAAUAAUUGGAAAACUCGACCACCUUGUACUGAAUCAAGUUGCAAACAUGGAACAGGAGGAUUCGCGCCAUAUGGGAUAUCAGGUAUAAUUACAGGCGCGGCAACAUGUUUCUAUGGGUUCAUUGGUUUUGAUUGUGUUGCAACUACGGGCGAAGAGGCUAAAGAUCCACAAAGAUCGAUACCAAUAGCUAUUGUUGCAUCUUUAACCGUUGUAUUUCUCGCGUAUUUCGGAGUCUCAGCUGUACUCACUAUGGUUUUACCAUAUUAUGAACAAAAUCCCGAUGCACCCUUUCCCCAUUUAUUUGAAGUCAUUGGAUGGGACUGGGCUAAAUGGAUAGUCAGCAUUGGAGCAAUUUGUGGAUUAUGUGCAAGUUUGUUAGGUGCAAUGUUUCCAUUGCCAAGAAUAAUUUACGCAAUGGCAUCGGAUGGAUUGAUAUUCAAAUGGAUGGGUAAAGUAAGUUCAAGAUUUCAUACACCCAUUAUGGGUACUUUUUCAGCAGGUAUUCUUACAGGAGUUUUAGCAGCAAUAUUCGAACUUACUCAAUUGUUAAAUAUGAUGAGUAUAGGAACACUUCUUGCUUAUUCAAUAGUUGCCGCUUGUGUUCUUAUAUUACGAUAUGAAGAAAGUGAGGCAUAUGAGAAAAAAGGUGAUCGUGAUCCAAGAACUGUGAAGUUUAUCGUUAAACAGCUAAUUAAUGCUAAUAGAUUAGAUCAUUCUACAAAAUUAACUGGACAAUUGGUCACUUCUCUAGUUUUCUGUUAUUUUAUACUUUGCAUUUGUAUUACUGCAAUGAUAUCAAAAUGUUCACAAGAAAUCAUCACUGGCAAACCACUUUACGUUGUACCAAUAGUCAUAUUAAUAGUUGCAUUAAUAUCAACACUCAUUUUUAUUUAUCUACAACCACCGUCAGACAAAAAACUUGCCUUUUCGGUACCACUUGUACCAUUUUUACCAGCGAUCAGUAUACUUAUUAAUAUUUAUCUUAUGAUGAUGUUAGAUAUAAUGACGUGGUUACGAUUUUUAAUAUGGAUGACCAUUGGUCUUUCUAUAUACUUUUUGUAUGGAAUGUGGAACAGUAGCAAUAGAGAUAGAAAAUCCAAACAAGAGAAUAAUAAUAUUAAUGAAAUAGAACGAAAAAAUAGUCACUUUAAUCGAAUUACGUGAUUUUAUUAGUUAAUAUAAUACUUUUUGACGAUUUUUUUUUUUUUUAUAUAUAUAUAUAUAUAUUAU